UAGGUAGCUAGGGCAUCUCCCGUCGUAUCAGAGCACCCGCGACUGCACCGGACAGGGACGGGCGGCGGCGAGUGCUCUUGGCAUUAGGUAUGUUUUAGUAAAUAAAAAGAAUGGGAUGGGUCGCAUCAAUGCAAUCGAGCACGUUCUCCCGGCCCUGGCAACAUCGCAGCACUUUUCCCACCUCUGCGGGCAUCCAUCGCCUGUCCCGACCGGCGCCAGCGACGGCCGCGCUCCUUUACAAAUAGUCGUGCUGGAUCUUGCGUGCUAUUACGUACAAGACAGUCAAGCGAAUCCUGGGAGCCUCUCCCAUCCACAAUAUCCGCCCUGUCGCCCGUCAUCCCCUAUCCUCACCAGAGAAGGGGGCCUUCUUCUAGCGCUAAGCGUGCCCCUCUCUUCUCUUCUCCCUCCUCCGUCGAAUCAGCAUUUCCGUCGGAUCCUUGCGUCCUGCUUCCUAUCCUUCCUUAUGAGCCUAUUAAUCCGCUUCCACAUCCUUCUGUUGCUCUGCUUGACUCGGCCGGCGAGAGACAAUUCGCUGCUGAUGCUGUUGGUUUUCCUACGUCAUCUAGUUUAGGACUCGCACACGCGCACGCCCACCCCCUCCCCCUACCAAAAAAAAUGGAAAUAAAAGAUUCGCCAAUGCGACUUCGCCAGCCGGCCAACCAAUAAACGACCUUGCCGAGUGGGCAGCAAUAAGACUUACCCCGUGAAUGGGUUCACCGUCGUGGUUGUGCAUUUCUAACGAGGUCCCCACCAAAGAUCCCCGUCCGCCAGCCCAGGGUGGGUUGUUUGCCUUAGACGGACUAGGUCGCUCGCCCAAAUAUGCGAGAAGUGCAACCGUGGCCUGGAGGUGCCUUGACCAGAGCCGGUUUGGUCGACUACGCCGGCUAUAUUCUCUACCUACCCCUUGG